AUGGCGGACAGUGAACUAGCGCCCAAGUUCGCUCCCUUCAUAGGAAUGGCAGGUAUCUGUGCAGCCGUGAGUUACUCCCACUCGCCUUUUCGACCUUUGCCUCGAAAACAGCUAACCCAUAGUAACUUUAUCAGAUGGUUUUUGGAUUCAUUAAUCCCCGUAGUAAUGGCGGGUAUCAUUGCGGUCUACGGCUUAGUUGUUGCAGUGCUCAUUGCGGGAGGUUUGGGUCCUCCGCCCCAGAAGACGUAUAGCUUAUACACCGGUUUCAUGCACCUUGCAGCGGGAUUAUCAGUCGGCUUAUCAGGACUUGCGGCUGGCUACACGAUUGGCGUUGUCGGCGACGUGGGUGUGCGAUCAUACAUGCAGCAGUCACGCGUUUUCGUAGGAAUGGUAUUAAUAUUGAUUUUUGGUGAAGUGUUGGGGCUAUACGGCUUGAUCGUCGCACUGAUUUUGAACUCAAAGAGCUAG